UCCUUCGUCUAAUAUCCAAUGUGGGACUUUGUUUGAUAUUUCACAACUUUAAAGUUCUCAUUAAAUUCAUUUCAACCAUAGAGUUAAUUUAGAGAAUAGUCAUGCGAGCCAACCACUUAAUCGUCACAAAUUCACAGAAACGGUGCAAGUUGAGUCGCGGGGUACGUCUUAUCUCAGAAACAACGAGAAGACAAGCCCUUGUGAAUUGCAUACGGAGAGAGUGCUAUCCAAGUGGACAAAUUGCUACAUAGACAGAACCAUGUGAUACGCUCUGUUCUAGUCUGUCCCAACGCUUCAAAGACUACAAGUUUGUUCCAGAAACUUUUCAAUACAUUAGUUUCACUGGUCUUUCUAUAUAUAUAGACGCAUGAGCCAUUCUAAUUUCUAUCAUCAACCAACAACAAAACAAUCCAAUAACUUUAAAUCUUUCCAUACAUCUCCAAAACUUUCAAAAGAACUCAAACUUUUCAGAGAAAAGACAUAGAAAUGGCUUUGGUGAGAAGUCUAUUGGGUGCAAAGAAGAUUCUUGGCUGCUCAGUCUCAGCAGCUUCCACGAGCAAAAGAGCAGCCUCGGCAGCACCGAAAGGGUUUCUUGCGGUGUACGUUGGAGAGAGCCAGAAGAAGAGAUAUGUGGUGCCAAUCUCAUACUUCAACCAGCCUUCUUUUCAAGCGCUUCUCAGUAAAUCCGAGGAAGAGUUUGGGUUUGAUCAUCCGAUGGGUGGCUUAACGAUCCCUUGUCCUGAAGAUAUCUUCAUCAACGUAACAUCUAGGCUCCAAUGAUGAUUAUCAUCUAAAUCUUUUUUUAUUCCUGAGUUAGCAAUAGACUUAUUCUUUGUAAGUUAUAGGAGCUUUCUCUCAUUUUCUUUCUUCUCGAAAGAGUUGUUUAGAGAGUGAAUGACACAGAUCAAACGAUCAUGUCAAAUAGGGUUUGGAUCGACUGUUAAAGAAAGGCCACAACAUUUGAAGAUAAUUUUGAGAGAAUUGCCUUUUUAUUUUUAUAUUGUAGUUUAAAAUGAUAUAGAAGUUUCCAUUAUACAAAUUUUGUAUUUUUUAAUAAUAAUAAUAUUAAUCUAAUUUUUUAAACGAUGUAAGAUAAAUUUGUCUCUGAUUAAUAUAAUAACUCUUUAAACAUAUUUAGUUUUUUUUUGGUACUUUGUGUUUACAAACGAUAUAAGAUGAUUAUAAUUAGGCCUGGACUUAUUAUCCGAGAUCCGGAUUCGAUCCGAGAUUCGCUCCGAAAAUAGUAUAUUCGGGGUGUCCGGAUCCGAAUCCGGAUAGUUGAAUCUUAGAUCCGUCCAAACUAGAUAUCUUAAUUUUAAGGUCUGGAUAUCUGGAUCCGGAUCUGGAUCCGUAUUUUUAAAACACAUUAAUUUUUAAAUUUCUUUAAUAUUUAUAUUUGAUAUAUUAAUAUUUAUACAUGAAUUAAUCUUAUAAUAUUAUAUUUUAGCUUUUACAAUAUUAUAGACAUAUAUAAAUUUUGUAUAAAUAUAUUUAUGUAUUAUAUUAAAAAUAGUAUUUUUAAAAAAAUUAUUAUUUUAAUUAUUUUUACGUAUCCGGAUAUCCGCGGAUAGUAGAAUAUCGAGACGGAUAUCCGGAAACCACGAAUCCAAAUUGGAAUAUUAAAUCCACGGAUCCGGAUAUCCUAAAUUUUUCGGAUGGAUAUCCGGAUCGUCCCAGGCCUAAUUCUAUCAGAUAUUCGGACAGAAUUUUAAUCAGAUAUUCGGACAGAAUUUUAAUCAGAUAUUUUAUUAUCUUACGUUAUAAAUUUCAUAAAUAAUUGUGCCGAAAGUAGCCACCGCCACCACCGUAAUCAGCAGAGAGGCCAACGAACAAUUACAUUUGUUUUGAUGUAAAAGAAGGCUAACAACAAACAAUCAUAGCUCACUUUUCUUCUUUUCUCACUCUGUCUCUGUAUCGUCUAGUCAACUAUUUUAUCCUCUCUCUUCAAUCCUACCUCCGUAAG